AUGGCUUCGAACGCUCGUGAGUCUCUCGCCAGGGCACUCAAAGCUCACGCCCUGAUCUUUAACAGAGCAACUCUUGUUGAUGGCAUAUUCCCUGGACCCUUGAUUGCAGCCCAGAAGCACUGGCACGGUAUCUUCCAGAACGGGACGAAUUACGCCGAUGGGACUUCCUUCGUCACACAAUGCCCUAUUGCCCAGAACCACUCUUUUUUGCACUCUUUCUCCGCUCCGAACCAGGCGGGCACUUACUGGUAUCAUAGUCAUUAUUCCGUCCAGCAGGAAAGUAUUGCUCAAACCUUGCAAACACAGGGACCCCUGGUAAUCUAUGAUCCUCAUGACCCUUUGGCAUACAUGUACGACGUCGACGAUGCAAGUACCGUAAUCACACUUGCCGACUGGUAUCACGUUGUGGCCCCCGUCUUGCGCCACAUUAUAGGCAUCUCCACCAACAUUUCGCUCAUCAACGGACAGGGUCGAUAUGCUGGUGGACCCAUGUCUGAUCUUGCUGUUAUCAAUGUCGAGCAGGGAAAGCGAUAUCGUAUGCGUCUGGUUGCAAUGUCAUGCGACCCUAACUUCCAGUUCUCCGUCGAUGGCCACAACUUAACCAUCAUCGAAGCGGAUGGAGUGCUGACCGAACCUCUGGUAGCCGACAAGCCGGUAGAUAAUUACUGGAUACGCAGUCUUCCUAGUUCGAACCUGUCCUCAGAGGGAGGAAUUAACUCUGCUAUCCUGCGCUACAAAGGCGCUACAACAGCAGACCCGACCACCGUCAAUACGCCGUCCACGAACUCAUUGCAGGAGGCAAACUUGCAUGCUCUGAUCAAUCCCGGUGCUCCUGGUAUUCCGGAGUACGGGAAGGCAGACAUCAACCUCAACCUCGCGGUUACCAACGUCGGCGGGACAUUCUAUGUUAAUAAUGUCACAUACCAACCUCCCACAGUUCCUGUCCUUCUCCAAAUUCUCAGUGGAGCUCAAGAGCCGUCUCAGCUGCUUCGAAACGACAGUAUUAUCGUUCUAGAAGCUAACAAAGUGGUAGAGUUGACAUUGUCAACAACUGGGCUGGGUGGACCCCAUCCGAUACAUCUUCAUGGGAGCGCAGGCAAUACUAGUGCCUUCAAUUACGUGAACCCCGUUCGUCGUGACGUGGUAAGCGCUGGCAGCCUCGGACAACAAAUGGUGAUACGAUGGACGACCGACAACUCUGGCCCCUGGUUUUUGCAUUGCGGUUUUGCUGUGGUGAUGGCCGAAAGCCCCUCGGAUACCCGCGCACAUAUUAGUCCCGUGCCAGCUGAUUGGGAUCAGUUGUGUCCGAUCUUCGAUUCCCUAUCUCCUUCCCAGUUGGGGGGUGGGGGUUUCAAAUCUUAUGAAGAAGCAGCUAAUAUUACAACUCUCCUUUUCCCAACAUCGUCCAUCCAUUAA